GAGUCCUCUUCUUGUCUUUUAGAUUAAGAAUCAUGUAUUCACUGAUACUCAAUGUAAAGAGGUCUACUGAGUUGCAGAAACUGUGUAGUUUAGUAUACUCUGCUUUCUCCUCUGUUUCUGCUGCAACUCUGUCUCGUAAAGGUCAAAACUUUACAGUCUCUUACCUCGUUAACUCCCUAGGUUUCACCACAAAACUCGCAGAAUCAAUCUCCAAGAAAGUCAUCUUCGACGAAAACACCAACCCAGAUUCAGUUCUAACUCUCUUUAAAAGCUACGGAUUCACAGAGUCUCAGAUCUCAAACAUCAUCACAGACCACCCAAAUCUGCUUCUACAAGACGCUGAGAGCUCACUCGCUCCAAAGCUUAAGUUCUUACACUCAAUGAAAGGAGCAUCAACCUCAGAGUUCACAGAGAUUGUCACCACAGUUCCUAAACUCUUGUCUAAAAAAGGCGACAAAACUCUCAGUGUCUACUAUGACUUCAUUAGAGAUGUUAUACAAGAUGAUAAGUGUAAUCAUUCUUCUUUGCUGCCACAGGGGAAUCUUGAGAAUAAGAUUAGGAAUGUAACAGCUUUGAGAGAGUUAGGUGUGCCUCGGAAGUUAUUGUUUCAUUUGCUUGUCUCUAGUUACCAACCUGUCUGUGGGAGAGAGAGGUUUCAAGAAUCAGUUAAGAAGGUUGUUGAGAAAGGGUUUGAUCCGAGAACUUCAAAGUUUGUCCAAGCGUUACAUGUUGUUUACCAGCUUAGUGAUAAAACAGUGGAAGAGAAAAUCGAUGUGUAUAAAAGUCUAGGGUUUAAUGAGGAGGACGUGUGGGAUAUGUUCAAGAAAUGGCCUAACUCUCUCAAGUUCUCAGGGAAGAAAGUUACUCAAAUGUUUGAGAUACUGAAGAAGUGUGGUCUGCUUGAUGAAGAGGUUGUGGUAUUGUUGAAGAAGAAUCCACAGUUCUUACGCGUUUCGGAGGAGAACAUUGUUAACUCUGUUGAGACGUUUCUAGGGUUAGGUUUCAGUAAGGGUGAGUUUGCGUUGAUGAUUAAGAGGUAUCCUGUUUGCAUUGGGUUUUCUGCAGAGACUGUUAAGAAGAAGACUGAGUUUUUGGUUGAGGAGAUGAGUUGGGGAUUAGAUGCUGUGGUUUCGCACCCUCAGGUGUUUUCUUACAGCAUGGAGAAGAGGAUGGUGCCAAGGUGUAACGUUAUCAAAGCUCUUAUCUCUAGAGGGUUGAUCAAGAGUGAACUUCCUUCAGUGUGUUCUGUUUUGGCAUGUACUGAUAAGGUGUUUUUAAGAAGGUAUGUGAGUAAGCAUGAUGACAAGGAGCUUGUGGCUGAGUUGAUGGGUAUUUUUACUAGAGUUCAUAAGGCAGGUUUAAAACAAUGAGCAAUGUUAAUGGUUUUAUUGUCUAUUAGGUUUUAGAUAAGGUUCAUAGUGACUCUUUUGUACCAAGGUGUAACAUUAUCAAAAUUCUAAUAUCCACAAGGAUUUCUUGGAAGUGAACUUACCUCCAAUGGCAUCUUUCCUGGUGAUUUGUAAUCAUGCUUUUAUUGAUGUGUUCUGCAACUACAAUUUAUGAUAAGAACAAAGAUGAAGAUGGGUUUCUGACUUCUGU